AUGAAAAAGAUUGAUGGACAGUGGCAAAAAGCACAAGAAACAAUCUUUGUUGACUGGAUCAAUGAUACACUGAAACCUGAUAUUAUUAUUUCUAACUUAGAAGAAGAUAUGAAAACAGGAGUGAGUCUUAUCUUGUUAGUAGAAAAGUUAACUAAUAAACACUGCUCUGAGAAAAUCGUUGAAAAUCCAAAAUUUAGGAUCCAAAAUAUCUCAAACUGUUCAGUCGCUUUAAGAUUUAUUGAAAAGGUGUAUAGAAUUAAACCCCUUUGUUCUGCUGAAAAUAUUGUAAAUGGUAAUUCUGAUUUUAAAUAUCUUCUAGGAUUAUUAUUUCAAGUAUAUAUGAAUCAUCAUAAAUCUAACCUACUUUCUCCACAACUCUCUCAACAACAACAAUAUGAAAUUAUUCUUAAAUGGCUUCAAGAUAUACUUAGUCUGUACGAAAUUGAUUUAUCUUCAACUACCAAGAUGAUGGAAAAUUUUUUCAAUGGAAAAAUUCUCAUAGCUUUGCUUGAUUUGUUUUUUGAUCAACAUCAUUGUUUUUAUGACUGGAUGUUAAAAAGAGGAGAAGGUGAAAGAAUUGGUUUAUCUAUGAGAAUGGCACAUGAUUUAUUAGGUGUAAGUGAAUUAUUAACUACUGAAGAUGUAUUGGCUCAUACUGUUGAUUUUAGAGUAUUUUGUUUCUAUUUUGAAUUCUUAAUGAAUGCUUUUAAGAAUAAGUCAUCAGUCAUACAAAUAGAUCUUGUCCAACUUGUACAACAAGCUCUUGAACAACUCAAAAAACAAACAACACAGGAAAAAGAACAAAGCAAAGAAGAAGAGGUUUUAACAAAUCAUAAUCCACUUCCUCAACAACCUAAAAAGAAGUGUGUUUCUAUUCCACCUCAAAAAGUACCUCCUGCUCCACCACCUUCUACCCAAACAAAAAGUGAGAUUAAUCACCACGCACAAGAACAAAAUUCAUUUAGACCAAUUGUACUAAAGGAUGUUAUGCAAAAUGGGAGAGUUAAAGAGUGUGUUGACGAACCAAUUUCAACAACUACUAAUAAAAAAAAUGAAGAAAAUUCUCUUAAAAUUACUUCUGAAAAAACUAGUCAUAUAACAAAACCCUUACCCACACCAAAAAAAUCAACAGAAUUAACUCUAACAACUUUUGAUGUUGGGAAAAGUGGAUUAAGACAUAGAAAACACCUUCACACAAGUGAAAGAAGUUACCACCAUUCCAGAAUAGAAGAACCAUAUUCAAUGACUCGAAUUUAUUCAUCAACAAGCUAUUCAACAAAUGGAAGAACUAUGACAACAUCAGAAAUCACUGAAACAACAGAAAUCCAACAAAACGAAACAAUUGUUUUCAAUGGAUUUUGGCUUAUAUAG